AGGGAGCUGCCCUGCUUGACCUGGAGCCAUCCGUCCAUCUUUCCUUCUGUCUCUGCAUCCAUCCACCUCUCCGCAGAGCUGAGGCUUCACCCUAGAGCAUCUGUGCAGAGUGAGGAAAGGACUAGAACAUGCUCUAAAGCGCUCUGCGACAAGACCCAGGAAGGUGUGAGCUCAACCCAAACCCUGAAGUUGCCCCACCCCCCCGCCCACCAUGGCCUCCGCUGACAAGAAUGGCGAGAGCGUCUCCUCGGUGUCCAGUAGCCGCCUGCAGAGCCGGAAGCCACCCAACCUAUCCAUCGCCAUCCCUCCGCCCGGGACCCCGGACCCCAGCGAGCAGGCCAGCAUGCUGCCCCAGAGGCCCAGGAACCCAGCCUUCCUGAAGAGCGUCAGCCUCCAGGAGCCGAGGGCACGAUGGCAGGAGGGCGGCUCGGAGAAGCGCCCCGGCUUCCGCCGACAGGCCUCCCUGUCCCAGAGCAUCCGCAAGGGCACGGCCCAGUGGUUCGGGGUCAGCAGCGACUGGGAGCUGAAGCACCAGCACUGGCAGCGCAGGAGCCUGCGCCACUGCAGCGCCCGCUACGGCCGGCUCAAGGCCUCGUGCCAGCGGGACCUGGAGCUCCCCAGCCAAGAGUUGCCCUCCUUCCAGGGCACCGAGUCUCCAAGACCCUGCAAGAUGCCCAAGAUUGUGGAUCCCCUGGCCCGAGGACGGGCGUUCCGCCACACGGACGAGGUGGACCGGCCCCACGCCCCGCACCCACCCCUGACCCCUGGGGUCCUGUCCCUCACCUCCUUCACCAGCGUCCGCUCCGGCGGCUAUUCCCACCUGCCCCACCGCAAGAGGAUCUCUGUGGCCCACAUGAGCUUUCAAGCUGCCACGGCCUUCCUCAAGGGGCGCUCGGUAAUGGAUGCCGCAGGACAGCGGUGCCGGGUGGUCAAGCGCAGCUUUGCCUACCCCAGCUUCCUGGAGGAGGAUGCGGUCGAUGGAGCAGAGACAUUCUACUCCUCAUUUUUUAGUAAGGAAGAAAUGAGCUCCGUGCCUGACGACGUGUUUGAGUCGCCCCCACUCUCUGCGAGCUACUUACGGGGCAUCCCAUGCUCGGCCUCCCCGGUCUCCCCCGAAGAGGUGCAGAUCCCUCUGAAGGAGUCUGACCGAGCCCCGGUGCCCGCGGCCAAACGUGGCAAGCGUAUCGCAUCCAAGGUGAAGCACUUUGCCUUCGACCGGAAGAAGCGGCACUACGGCCUGGGUGUUGUGGGCAACUGGCUGAACCGCAGCUACCGCCGCAGCAUCAGUAGCACCGUGCAGCGCCAGCUGGAGAGCUUCGACAGCCACCGGCCCUACUUCACCUACUGGCUGACCUUCGUCCACGUCAUCAUCACACUGCUGGUGAUUUGCACGUACGGCAUCGCGCCGGUGGGCUUCGCCCAGCACGUCACCACCCAGCUGGUACUCAGGAACAGAGGUGUGUACGAGAGCAUGAAGUACAUCCAGCAGGAGAACUUCUGGAUUGGCCCCAGCUCGAUUGACUUGAUCCACCUGGGAGCCAAGUUCUCACCCUGCAUCCGGAAGGACCAGCAGAUCGAGCAGCUGGUGCUGCGGGAGCGAGACCUGGAGCGGGACUCGGGCUGCUGUGUCCAGAAUGACCACUCGGGCUGCAUCCAGACGCUGCAGCAGGACUGCUCGGAGACUUUGGCCACUUUUGUCAAGUGGCAGGAUGAUACGGGGCCCCCCAUGGACAAGUCUGCGCUGGGCCAAAAGCGGACAUCGGGGGCCGUGUGCAACCAGGACCCCAGAACCUGCGAGGAGCCGGCCUCCAGUGGUGCCCACAUCUGGCCCGAUGACAUCACCAAGUGGCCGAUCUGCACGGAGCAGGCCAAGAGUAACCUCUCGGGCUUCCCGCACAUGGACUGCCAGAUUCGGGGCCGCCCCUGCUGCAUCGGCACCAAGGGCAGCUGUGAGGUCACCACUCGGGAAUACUGCGAGUUCGUGCACGGCUAUUUCCACGAAGAGGCCACGCUCUGCUCCCAGGUGCACUGCUUGGACAAGGUGUGUGGGCUGCUGCCCUUCCUCAAUCCUGAGGUCCCAGAUCAGUUCUACAGGCUCUGGCUGUCUCUGUUCCUCCACGCUGGCGUGGUGCACUGCCUCGUGUCUGUGAUCUUCCAAAUGACCAUCCUACGGGACCUGGAGAAGCUGGCCGGCUGGCACCGCAUCGCCAUCAUCUUCAUUCUCAGCGGCAUCACCGGCAACCUUGCCAGUGCCAUCUUCCUCCCGUACCGCGCGGAGGUGGGCCCGGCAGGGUCGCAGUUCGGCCUCCUGGCCUGCCUCUUCGUGGAGCUCUUCCAGAGCUGGCAGCUGCUGGAGCGGCCCUGGAAGGCCUUCCUGAACCUGUCGGCCAUCGUGCUCUUCCUGUUCAUCUGCGGCCUCCUGCCCUGGAUCGACAACAUCGCCCACAUCUUUGGCUUCCUCAGCGGCCUGCUGCUGGCCUUCGCCUUCCUGCCCUACAUCACCUUCGGCACGAGCGACAAGUACCGCAAGCGCGCCCUCAUCCUCGUGUCGCUUCUGGUCUUCGCCGGUCUCUUCGCCUCGCUGGUCAUCUGGCUCUACGUCUACCCCAUCCACUGGCCCUGGAUCGAGUACCUCACCUGCUUCCCCUUCACCAGCCACUUCUGCGAGAAGUACGAGCUGGACCAGGUGCUGCACUGACCACCUGCCUGGCGGGGCUGGCACGGCUGCUCCCACGCAGCGCUGAGGACAUGGAGACUGUGCCCGGGCCAGGCUGCCUGCCUGCACAGCGCCCACCCCCGCUCCAGACACCCUGUGGGGCCGGCCCUGCUCCCAGGAGCUCUGCCCCCAGGAGAGGCUGAGUCUGCGGGAGACGGUCAUCAAGGGCGGCUCCUUGGGGGACUGAGGGCCCCCUUCCCCAGGCCUGGGCUGGGGGACACUCCGAACAUGUGUUUCUCUGCAGCUCAGGGCCCAGGCCCUGACAUCACCCUGCUCCCCUGCUGUCAGGACCACUUCCUGGGGGGUGGGCUCCUUUCUUCCCAAGGUCCUGGGCUGCUGCCCAUCUCCCACCUCUGGCUCUGCUGGUACGUUCCCCCUCCCCGUUGCUGUGAGCCUGCCCUUCCUGGGGACCUGGCUGGGGUUCCCACCAGGUUCCCAGCCCUGCCUGGCCACGGCCCCUACCUGUUUCCCCUCCCAUCUCUGCCCUGUGAAUCCAUGCCCUGCACUCAUCCGUGGCCUGGUGAGCCUGCCCACGAGGCUCCGGGUCCAAACCUUCUGGGACAGGGUUUGGCAGUGGCCUGGGGCAGAGAAGGAGCAAAGAGACACAGACCGGCAAUCCGAGAGCCUCCGCUGAGCUCAGCAAACAGAGGCUGAACCUGCCCCGCACCCAGGCCCCCCAGCCCCUCCCAGCCCAGUCCCUUCCUUCAAGUCAGUGUUCUGCCUCCUGGGGCUGGACUGACGCCAGCCAGCCAACCAUCCUUUGCCUCACUCCUGCC